AGCUUUCCCUGUGGCCUUUUACUUUUCAACAGAUUUUCAGACCUUACUUCGCUGCUUUUAGAUGGAUGGUUGUCCGAUAUAGAUCCAAGGUCCUUUGAUAGUGGAGCAAAUCUGUUCUGCAGUUUCACAUUCAGCACUUAUAUGAAAGCAAAACAAAACAAAUAAACAUGCAUCAGUUUUCAUAAGCAGUGCAUGUCAUGAAAAAGAAGUACAAAUGGGAUCAUCAGUACUGUUUUGUGGUGCUUGUGGUUUCCUACAGCUGACCAACUACCUGUUUCCUAUCUGGACGUAUUCCUACCUGGCCUUUCUUUUCCCCGUCUUCCUCCUGACUGACUUCCUGAGGUACAAACCCCUUAUUAUAGUACAGGGGUUCUUUCUCAUCACCAACUAUAUUCUACUGUGCUUUGUCCCAGGUCUUCCUGCUAUGACUUUCCUUCAGGUCAACUAUGCUGUAGUGACUUCCACGGAGGUUGCCUACUUUUCCUAUAUUUACAGUGUAAUUCCAGUAGAGAAUUACCAAAGAGCUACUGGUUACCUGCGCAGUGCAAUGUUGGCUGGAUAUACAUUUGGCGCCACCCUUGGCCAAAUGCUUGUCUCCCUUGCUGGCCUGGACUACUUCUAUAUCAAUACUAUUACCCUGGGAAUUGUGAGUGUGGCAUUUCUCGUCUCAUUCUGGUUGCCCAUGCCCCAGACAAGCAUGUUCUUCAAAGGGAAGAAGGCUGCAGCUGUAGACUGCCAGCAAGAGGGGCCACAGGGAGAGAAGGAGUCAGUGACGGAUAAGGAUGGAGAAGGCUCGGGGAAAGGGAAGAUGGAAUAUAAUGGCAGUGCUGGCUACUGCAGCAGAGAAAAUGUGGCCGCUGCAGUUCAUCUGCUUUGGCAAAGCUUCAGGGAGUCCUACUCUUCCAGGCAUUUCUUUUCUUUCAAUAUUUUUUUUAAAUCACUAAGAUGCUUUGAGUGCCCACUUGCAUUACAUUUAAUCUACUGGUCCCUGUGGUGGGCUCUGGCCACAGCUGGCUACGUGCAGGUCUUCAACUACAUCCAGCUUAUGUGGGACCAUAUAGAGCCAUCUGCCACGUCAUCCAUCUACAACGGAGGAGUGGAGGCUGCGUGCUCUCUUGUAGGUGCUGCAGCAGCCUUCUCUGUGGGCUACAUCAAGCUGACCUGGGUUGUGUGGGGAGAGCUGGCUUUGGGGAUGUUCUCAGCUGUAGGGUCAGGUGCUGUGUUUCUGAUGGCAUUCACGAGCAGCAUCUGGGUAUGCUACGUCGGUUAUGCCAUAUUUAAAUCCUGUUACAUGCUCCUCAUCACCAUCACAACGUUUCAGAUCGCCUCUAACCUCUCCAUGGAGUGCUAUGCUCUGACUUUUGGGAUCAACACUUUUGUAGCCCUCUCACUACAGACCAUCAUUACAGUCACAGUUGUUGAUGAAGCUGCACUGGGGCUGGACAUCGUGACGCAGUUUAUCAUCUACGGCAGCUACUAUGCUGUCAUAUCGCUGCUCUUUUUGAUCCGAGGAACCUACACCGCCUGUGUGAACAAACCCUGUCCCCGGCACACGGAAGCCAAGGAACCUGAGUGUGUGGAGGAGGUGAUUGCUGCAGAGCGUCUCUGACCUGUGUCAGUGCCCGACAGGUU